CUCCCAGCUGCAAACUCAGACCGAAACAUAAAUGCGUCCCCGCAGCACUAGAAGACGCGUCCUUCAUGCACAGUGAGAUUUGACGCAGCUUUCAGCGGAUUCUGUGAUAAGAGGCGCUGAUGCGCGCGCGCCAGAGACAAGGGGGGCAGAGGAAUGGCGGACGGGGACGGCGCCGCGUCUGUGGAGUGGGACAGCGGUAAUCGAGCCUUCAGUGCGUAACCUGUGCAUCCUGUGGAGCCUGGCUGUCUUCAUGGAUCCAGAAAAGACUCUGACUUUCUGCCUUGGGCUGCAGGCUAAUGAGAUGACGAUGUCCCUGCAGGGGCUGGUUUCACCUGAAGCUUCAACAGUGCCUCUGAGGGAGAAAGUCAGCAACACAGUUGAUGAGCAAGGAGGAUCGGUGGAUUUCUUUGGAAAGGUUCUCUCUGCUACACCACCUGUCUUUGUCCACCAGGUGGUGGAGCAUCACGUCGGCUCAGGCAGGCAGCCUGUGGUCAGUCCCAAAUACUGUCCAGGAGCCAACAACAGCCCGGCCUACCGGUGUGAAACAGGACACUGCUGUGGAGAAACAGGCUGCUGUACCUAUUAUUAUGAACUCUGGUGGUUUUGGCUGCUGUGGACGGUGCUGAUCCUUUUCAGCUGUUUCUGUGCUUACCGUCACCGCCGAGCCAAGCUGAGAAUCCAGCAGCAGCAAAGGCAAAGGGAAAUCAAUCUGAUUGCCUAUAAUGGAGCCUCUAACUUUCCGUCCUCAAUGCUGGAUCUCAGUUUUCUGACCUCUCUGAAGCUGCCCACCUAUGAGGAAGUAGCUGCCUGCCCCGGGACGCCUCCACCUCCAUAUAGCUCCAUCUUUGCCCUGCAGGGAGGGACAACUGCAGAGCCAAGCUCCUCUUACCCCCAUCAUUACCACCACCGGCACCCCUGCCCUCCGUACCUGGGCCCCGGUCCCAGUGGGCUGACCUCCUCUCAGAGCUCUGACAACUACACCAGUUGUUCCUGCGAGUCCUGCUCCCUCACCUCUCCAUCCAGCACCUCGUUCUCUGUCCAGGUGACCGACGAGACGUACAACAGCAGCCACAUGUCCACCCCUAGUGAAGCUGGGGGUGACUAUGUUGUUGAGUCUUCCCCGUCACAAGUUCCCCCUGAUGUUAUACCUGCUGCCACUCCUGAUGUCAUACCUGUGCAGACUGCUGGUGGUGACAGACCCUCAUCUCCUUGUCCUCCAUUUUCCCUCCCUUUAUAUUCACAACCUUCACAUCCCGCCCGCCUCCCGCUCUCCCCCCUUGUUCUGUUAUCCUCUGCUCCUCCUGGUCAGGUUCACUUUCUCCUGCCCUCUGACCCAGCAGCUGCAAUGAAGUCUGCACCUCAUGAUGUAACACCCUCCUGUUCUGCACAGGAUCUGCACUCACCAAAUGGAGAUAAUCAUGUUAAAGUGGAGCAAAAACCAGACGGAGAAGAAUACGAGGAGGAAGAAGACGAUGAGGAUCAUUUUAGCCACCGACGGCUUACAGGCGACUCUGGCAUCGAGGUGUGCCGCUGUCAUGUGAGGAGAGGGGAGGAGGAGCACCACCAGAAAGGGAAUGUGGGUAAAGGAAACGGGGAUGAAAGCGCUGGAGUUUCUCUUGGAUCAAAGCUCAAUGUCCAACCAUCCAUGCUGGGUCCCCGUGAGGUGCUACGCAGCGAGGCUCCCUCCUCCUCCACUGUUAUCUACAAGGCGGGAGAGGCCGUCAUUACUUUGGAGACGUCGUAA